UCUUGGUCUACCUACAGCCCACUGCGAAAACUUCACGCGUUUUUUCUUCAUUCGUGUCCCUUCCUGAAAUCAGUGACGACCGCAUUGACUCGUGCAGCAUACAUUUUGUUGGUCAAAUCACUGUUCUAGAUCAAAAAACCUAUUACCAUGGCCGAUAAUGAUGAUCUUUUGGACUACGAGGAUGAGGACCAGACCGAGCAGGUGGCAGCAGAGCCAACGGAACAACCUAAGAAAGACGUUAAGGGAACGUACGUGUCGAUUCACAGUUCCGGUUUCCGGGAUUUCUUGCUGAAGCCGGAAAUUUUGCGCGCAAUUGUCGACUGCGGUUUCGAACAUCCAUCGGAAGUUCAACACGAAUGUAUCCCCCAGGCGGUUCUUGGUAUGGACAUUCUGUGCCAGGCCAAGUCCGGUAUGGGUAAGACGGCCGUGUUUGUGCUGGCUACCCUGCAGCAGCUGGAACCUACCGAGAGCGUGCCGUACGUGCUGGUCAUGUGCCAUACCCGUGAGUUGGCCUUCCAGAUCAGCAAGGAGUACGAGCGGUUCUCCAAGUACAUGCCCAGCAUCAAAGUGGCCGUUUUCUUCGGCGGUUUGCCGAUCCAGAAGGACGAAGAGGUGCUGAAAUCGACCAACCCGCACAUCAUCGUCGGCACACCCGGCCGAGUGUUGGCUCUGAUUCGCAACAAGAAACUGAACCUGAAGCAUUUGAAGCAUUUCAUCCUGGAUGAGUGCGACAAAAUGUUGGAACAGUUAGACAUGCGCCGGGAUGUGCAGGAAAUUUUCCGUAACACCCCGCACGGCAAGCAGGUGAUGAUGUUCUCCGCCACGCUCAGCAAGGAGAUCCGGCCGGUGUGCAAAAAGUUCAUGCAAGAUCCUAUGGAAGUCUAUGUUGACGAUGAAACCAAAUUAACAUUGCACGGUCUGCAACAACAUUACGUCAAGUUGAAGGAGAACGAGAAAAACAAAAAGCUUUUCGAAUUGCUGGAUGUUUUGGAAUUUAACCAGGUGGUCAUUUUUGUGAAAUCGGUACAGCGUUGUAUGGCUCUGGCGCAGCUUCUUACUGAGCAAAAUUUCCCGGCCAUCGGAAUCCACCGUGGAAUGGUUCAGGAAGAACGUCUAUCUCGGUACCAGCAGUUUAAAGAUUUCCAGAAACGCAUUUUGGUGGCCACUAACUUGUUCGGCCGUGGUAUGGAUAUUGAGCGGGUGAACAUCGUUUUCAACUACGACAUGCCGGAGGAUUCCGACACUUACCUGCAUCGAGUGGCUCGUGCCGGUCGUUUUGGUACCAAGGGAUUGGCCAUCACUUUUGUAUCGGAUGAAACCGAUGCCAAGAUUUUGAACGAAGUUCAAGACCGGUUCGACGUUAACAUCACUGAACUACCUGACGAAAUUGAUCUCUCGUCAUACAUUGAAGGACGAUAAAACUGUGCACCAGAAUAAUCCUACAAAAGUUCUUGCUAAAUUUAGUUUGUAACCAAUAACCAUUACCUAGAGUGUAAGGCAGCAGCAAUUUAGUUGGAUUUCCAAGGAACUUUUUGCACAGCGGCUACCCCGAAAUUGAAGGGUAACCGUAAAAAAACAACUUCAAGGCAUAUUUAACGCUUACCAUCUUCAAAGAAAUUAUCACCGUCAAAAAAAUCCUGUGGAUUAUCCCUCGUUCAUUAACAACAAACAUUCGAUAAAGAAGUUCUCCAGACUCAUCAUCUUAUAUAAACAGAACACAAAAACGCAAAACCAAUUUAUCUACUGCUUUUUCAGUAGGUGUGUAUUUUUUUUAAAUAUAAAUUUAAAAGCAAAUAACUAUAGAGGAUUCUCUUUUUUAGACAUUGUCAGUCUCUUCGAUAAGUAAUAAAAAAUGAUGUACGAAA